AUGAGCAACCCAUCAAAUUUGAAAAAUAAAACAAGUAGCAGCAUCAGUGAUAUAGCUGGGCUGUUUAACAAUCUCAUAGUAGCCCCGCUCACUAUCAAAAUUCCCGCGUUGAACAGUCUCCGUCGUGCUGGUAGUAGAAUACCACCAGCGGCAAAAUCUGAAGAAGACAAGGGGGAAGAAGCAGACGAAGAAGAAACGGAGAAGGAGGAGGAGGAGAAAGAAGAAGAAGAGAAUGACGAUGAUUUAGAGGAAGUUCAGAUCAUCCUGAAUCCAUCCGAGAGCGAAGGGAACGCUUCGCUGAUUGUUGGAAAUAUUGCUUCACCUAAGUCCCACAAUGGUGUUCGCAGUCAGCCAAGGAUCUUGAGAUCGGACAAUCAAUCAAUAGCAAAGGCGGCGCUAGUUUCAAGUACUAGUGAAGUUGUCCCAUCGAGGCGCAACGAAUCAAGCAGCUCGAGUACUUCGGUACAAGUAAAAACAAAGGCACCUUCCCAAUUUUUGCUUACACCGGUGACUGAUGAACUUGAAAACCCUCCUACUGAACUUACUCUUGCUCAACGCCACGGCGCUCGCGAAGAGCGAUUACCAGGUCAAACUGUAAGAGCUCAUACCUCCACAGCCGGCCAGCCCAGAUCGGAUUUUCCUCGACCUGUUACAGCAAGGGGACAUAGAGGGAGGAGAGAUUCGCUUGACCCGACUCUUCAGAGUGAAAAGGUAGAACUAGCGAACUUGAGAAAGAAGGGGAGAAACCGGAAUUUCAAUCGGAAGACGCGAUACGACAUCGAGGAGGAUUCCACUUCGCAUUAUUCGCAGAGGGGUAUUUCUUCGGGACAACGAUCAUUGGCAUCACGUAUAGCACCAAAAUUUGUAUCGGGGUCAAGCAGAGCAGCUCAAGCCACGAAGGGCACUGAGACCUUAGUUCAUAGGCGCCACAUUCGGGACUUUUCGUCGAGGUAUUCCAAUUCACCAUAUCAGAUUGGAGUCCGACGUACUCGACUUGGUCGGUCAGACGCAUUCCCAGAUGAAAGAAUCCUCGCAAAUGCCACAUCUAGCGCUGAUCCUUCAUCGUCAGAGACAUCAGGAGCACCAUACAGUGUUUCGACGUCCCAGGGAUCCAAUGCUCCGAAUGAUAUAGCGAAUACAAUUAGGUCGUUUCCCAGAUCAACUCCAGAUGACGGGAAUCUGGCCGAUUAUGAAGACGAGUCUCCCGUUGUCCAGCCUAGUGGACCUACGUUCGUUCAUAAACCGCUGGCGAAAUCAGCCUCGGCGAUGAGUGUAGACGACGUGGUGUUGCCGGCACCGAAAUACGGAGGUCCUCUGGUAAAGACUGAUUCGAUGAUGAGUGUCGACGUUCCUAUUACCGCUUCUAGGACGCGCGCGCUGGCGAAGUCAGAAUCGGACAUGAGCAUUGUCAUUGAAGAUCAGCCCACGAAUUUUGGGGGUGCCUUUGUACAACAGACGCAAUCUCUGCAGAAAUGCGCCUCGGUCACCAUGGUCGAUGCAUGUGAUAUUAGAGCCUACGAUACAAAUGAAGACAAUAAGAUCAUGAACAUGGAUACGGAAAGUCAAAACACACCAUCAACGGGCCCCAGUAAUGCGCCAGUAUUCAGUCCGCCGCCAGCCCAGGCGGCCUUCGCGGGUCAUUGGAUUUAUCAAAGCGCACCUGUACAAGCUUUUGCACAUGCUCCAGCUUCUUCUCCGGCUUAUCAGCCAACUGCCCCGAUUCAGCAUCAAUACCAAUCGACGUUUCCUGUCCCUCAGCAGCAGCCACAUCCAAGUGUUAUAAUGGAGAAUAUUUCGAGAGCGUUCACCGAUCCUCCGGAUAUUUCUAGCGCAAUACCAAGGCCGCUGAACAAAAUGGAUCCCUCUCCGCCGCUGCCUCCAAGCCAAACAGAGCCCACCAUGUUCAAGCCCCUGCCAAGGCAGGACACAUUCUGGAACGAAGUAGAGCGCACUACGCUCAAAGUAUCCCAGACCAAAUAUCGUUCACCUCCAAACAGGGGCGGUCAAAAGCGCUCCUGGGAGAAUGCAGGACACUGGGCAUCGAUGGAUCAGGAUGCCAGCCAAGGUCAUAGGCGGAGGAGGAUUGAUCCACAUACGAGAGCAGAAUUGAACCAUAACAGUCACGAGAUCCUACCAACGUCUCCCCUACAGCCGCUGCGUGGACUUCCUAUCAGGAAGAAAGAUCGCCGAACAAAGUUGAAGGAGAGCCAGGACAGAGAGACUCCUAUCGAUUUAAGGCAUAGAUGCUGUGGCUCUGGGAUUUUGAGGUGUAUAACUUAUGUGGUGGAUUCAUGUACUGCAAUCACCAAAAGUUGA